GGCUGCUGUCGUCACGUCCAUUUUGCUUUCUCUCGCAGCGAGUCAGAAAAAUCGCUUGAAUGCGCAUUUGUUUUGACCGGCUGUGCUUCGCUACCAAGAGGCCAGCCAACACAGAGUAUAGUGAUAGUGAUUCACCGCAUUCACUGCCGCCCGAUCGAUUACAGAACAAUAAUGAGCAACGCAAGCGGAAUGUCAUAACGACCAAACCGCCAUCCAGUAAUAAUCAUAAUUUGAAUCCCGCCCAACACACAAUUACACCUUGGACAGUUACCAAUAGCAAUAUCACGAGUAACGGUAAUAGUAAUCCAAAUAAUACCACUGCACCCUUUGGUCCGGGUACUACACUUAACGCCUUAGAUCCACCGUCGUGCAGAGCGUCGACGAAAAACGACGCGCUUUCAGCGACAAAUCUCAACGGCACGCAAAGCACAACUGCUCCACCACCCACUAAAGAUAUCAACGCGUUGUAUGCAAAUUUAGCCGAUCUAGCGGUCACAGCAACAACACCAACAACCACAACGACAGGCGAAUCAGCAACCGCAGAUACUUUGGCGGCAUCCAUAGCUGCGGAAGAGCGACAAUCGUUUCGCCAAAAGUCAACAACAAUUAUUGGAAAAAAAUCCACAACAGCCACAAAUAUCGUUGAGAAGGAGGAGGAAUAUAGUCAAUUUAAUAAUAGCACAGACAGUGGCAUUGGCAACAGUUUAAGAGGCAGCAGCGGCAAAUAUUGCCUAGCGCAAACAAACGCGAACGAGGUGCGAGAAAGCAGCAUCUCCAUUGCGCAUACCGACCCGAACGCCUCCGCAACCACUACAAGCACAUCUGCCGCACAUAGUGCCGUUCUGCGUCACGGCACGGACAACGUCACGGCCAACGGCGUUAUCGCUAACGAAGAAGAAACAGACGCGGAGACUGAGAGAGAGGCAGACGCUGUUGAAUCGAGCAAAAACACAGCCACCAUGCAGCAGGAGCCGAAUGCCAACUUUCAGUUCCAACCCGAUCUGGGACUGGUGAACAACAAUAAUUUGCCCGCGCUCACCGGACUCGGUAGCAAUACGGGCGGAAUACGUACGUUUACGUUACCACUGCAACAAGACGUUAUCGCGCAAACUUUGAUUUACGGUACCGUACCGACGACCGGCGCUCCGCAAAUAAACUCGCUGCAACAACAGGAACUGCAAUUGCAACAGCGCUAUCACCAGCUGCAACAGUUGCAAGCCCAGACACAGGGACUGUUUUUGAAUACGAACGCGCCAGGAACUGUUGCUGCUGCGGCCGCCGCCGCUGCUGUUGCGCAAGGUGGUACGCCCUUUGUAGUCGGUACACCACCACAACUAUACGCUGCGCCAUCAGUGGCCGACUAUUGUGUGGCACAACAGCAAAAACUGCUCAACGAACAAAUGCAAGGAAUGUGCAUAGCAGGCGCGAACGCCUCACCUGCCACCAAUGCGAUGGCAACGGGCAACUCGUCCAUAAACUCACUACUCGAUUCCUCAGCCACAAUGAAUAUACUCAAUAAUAGUUAUGUGCCAACGUCGCCGCAGGAGGAACGCUUCAUGCAGAUUAUUCAGGCGAAAGAACUGAAAAUUCAGGAGAUGCAACGCGCGCUACAACAAAAGGAUACAGAAAUCGCCGAGUUGAAAUCACAUCUGGACAAAUUUCAAAGUGUGUUUCCAUUUAGUCGUCAUGCUAGCACGGCCACCACACCGGGCGCCAGUGUGCAGCAGCGGAAAAGUGGUCAGGCCUAUCAGCGGCAGCGAGCGCAAGGCAUUUCGGCGGAGCCGCAAAGUGAAUCCUCCGUCUUGCUGGAGCCGGGCGCAUUGCCGAAAUACGAUAAGGAUGAGAGAUCACGUGAACUCAUCAAAUCCGCCAUAUUGGACAAUGAUUUCAUGAAGAAUUUGGAUAUAACCCAGAUACGCGAAAUUGUCGAUUGCAUGUACCCGGUUAAAUAUGCGGCAAAGAGUCUCAUCAUCAAGGAAGGCGAUGUCGGCAGCAUUGUUUAUGUCAUGGAAGAGGGUCGUGUGGAGGUCUCGCGCGAGGGUAAAUAUCUAUCGACACUCUCCGGUGCGAAGGUGUUGGGUGAGUUGGCCAUAUUAUAUAACUGCCAGCGUACAGCGACCAUUACCGCUAUAACGGAAUGCAAAUUAUGGGCCAUAGAACGACAAUGCUUCCAAACGAUAAUGAUGCGUACUGGCCUCAUACGGCAGGCGCAGUAUACAGAUUUUCUCAAGAGUGUGCCCAUCUUCAAGAACCUGCCAGAAGAUACUCUUAUCAAAAUCUCAGAUGUGCUCGAAGAGACCCACUACCAAAUGGGUGAUUAUAUUGUACGUCAAGGCGCACGUGGUGAUACCUUCUUCAUCAUAUCGAAGGGGCAAGUGCGCGUGACUAUCAAACAACCCGAUACGCAAGAAGAGAAAUUCAAGCGCACACUCGUCAAAGGUGAUUUCUUCGGUGAGAAGGCGUUGCAAGGCGAUGACUUGCGGACAGCCAACAUAAUUUGUGAUUCUGCCGAUGGCGUUACUUGCCUAGUAAUCGAUCGAGAGACGUUCAACCAACUCAUUUCGAAUUUAGAUGAAAUUAAGCAUCGCUACGAUGAUGAAUGUAUAGUAGAGCGUAAAAAAAUUAAUGAGGAAUUCGACAAUGUGAAACUGACCGACUUGCGUAUUAUUGCCACACUUGGUGUUGGUGGUUUUGGUCGUGUCGAACUGGUGCAAAUUAACGGUGAUAAUAGUCGCUCGUUUGCGUUAAAGCAAAUGAAGAAGUCACAAAUUGUCGAGACACGCCAACAGCAACACAUCAUGUCCGAAAAGGAGAUUAUGGGCGAGGCCAAUUGUCAAUUCAUUGUGAAAUUGUUCAAAACGUUUAAGGAUCGCAAAUAUUUGUAUAUGCUAAUGGAAAGCUGUCUGGGCGGCGAAUUGUGGACAAUAUUGCGCGAUCGUUGUAAGUUCGAUGAUGCCACUACACGCUUCUACACCGCCUGCGUGGUGGAGGCAUUCCAAUAUCUGCACUCGCGCAACAUCAUCUAUCGUGACUUGAAGCCGGAAAAUCUGUUGCUCGACGAGAAGGGCUACGUGAAACUGGUGGAUUUCGGUUUUGCCAAGAAACUACAAUCCGGUCGCAAAACAUGGACUUUCUGCGGCACACCAGAGUAUGUGGCGCCUGAGGUGAUAUUGAAUCGGGGGCACGACAUUAGCGCUGAUUACUGGUCGCUGGGUGUGCUGAUGUUUGAGUUGCUAACGGGCACGCCUCCAUUCACUGGGUCGGAUCCAAUGCGUACCUACAACAUUAUAUUGAAGGGCAUCGAUGCCAUCGAAUUUCCGCGUGACAUUACGCGCAAUGCCAGCAACCUGAUUAAGAAAUUGUGUCGCGAUAAUCCAGCUGAGCGUUUGGGUUAUCAACGCGGUGGCAUCAGUGAAAUACAGAAGCAUCGAUGGUUCGACGGUUUCUACUGGUUGGGUUUACAAAAUCGUACACUCGAGCCGCCAAUCAAGCCAGCUGUGAAGAGCGUCAUUGAUACCACGAAUUUCGAUGCCUAUCCACCAGAUCCAGAAGGUCCGCCGCCAGAUGACUUAACCGGCUGGGAUAAGGAAUUUUAGAUGUAUGUUGGAGUAGGAGGGCCAUACAGAUUUUAUAGAAAAUGGAAAAAUUCUUAAAUAGGUUUAAAAAAAAGAAAAA